AUGACUGUAAAUUUAACUUCGGAAUCUGCUAAUUGGAUUUUACCAUCUCUUCCAACCACGUUGCCAUCAACAACACCGAAUUAUGAAGAAUCUUUACCAAUUCGUGUUAAUAGAGAAGGUGUUGCAAAUUAUAUUAAAAAUCGUGGUACUUUAAAUUUCGGUCAAUGGGCGGCUCAAGAUAGAAGAAUGUCAACAUCAGCAGGUACAAAACCAACAGAUGAUCAGUUCAAUAGUUUUCCAGUACCACCACCCAAAAUAAUUGGACCUGAUGCAACACGAAAUUAUAUACGAAGUCGUAGCUCAACACCAAAUCUUAUUUAUGGUAAUCUUGAACCGCCUAAUCCUCACCAUCAUUUUCGUGUUAAAAAAGAAGGUCGUGCUAAUUAUGAAAGAAAUCACAAUUCACACAUGAAAGCAUUAUUAGAAAGCUAUGGAAAAUUACCUUUACCUACACAACCAAUACCUCAUACACAGGGCGAAAUGGCUACUAACCUCUUUUAUACACAUCAAAAAGGUCAAAUGCGUAAAAUUUUAAAUAAUUAUGGUCAUGUUACGCCGUCAGCAAAACCCGUAUCACAUGUAAAAGGUGAUGCAGCUGAAGUUAAUUUACAAAAAGGUUAUGGUCAUUCACAUCUACUUGAGCAUAGUAUUGAUAAUCGUCCACCAUCAGUUGAACCACACGUAAAAGGUAUUCAAGCUCAUUUAAAUUAUGACAUGGGACAUGGUCGUUUUGUUGAUAAACUUUUUCAUGAGUAUGGCAAGUUACCACAAUCUGCUCGAGCUCCACCAAAAGUUAAAUUUGAUGGUGUUCAAAAUUUUGUUAAAGGUCAAGGUGAUGCAAUGCGUAAAACAAUAUCACAAUGUCCACCAUCAAAUCGUUAUCUCGAACGACCACAAUCAGUACUAUCAUGA